CCAUCAACUUGACAUCUGUUCUCUUACCAGUCUAGGGACUCAUACCAGUCUAGGGAGAGUCAUUGAUAAAAUAUUCACAACUAAACAAAUUGUCAAAAUGGAUUUGCUUUAUCAUCUUUUGGUUAAAAUAUGAAUGGUCAGUGAUGAAAUCUCACAACUUGUUAACUCAGGCAUCUCCAUCUCUGACUUUCCCACUUGUAAUUCAGAUUUCUUCUUCAUGAAGGGUCGUUCAAGUGGUUAUGUCCUAGUAGGAAGCAUUAACCUGUGAGGGGCGUGUUCAUGAUAAUGAUGUUCGCUGACUGUUAUAAAAGCCUCAAGUAAAACAAUAUCCAAAAUGAGGAGAUUAAAUCCAAAGCAACAAAGUCAAAGUCUUUGCAUAAUCAACUUGCACAGACUUCAGAAAGUACAGAAGUGACCAGAAGAGAGAAAGAUGGCUUCCAGUUCCAUGACUGAGAGGCAGUCAGUAAGCGCAAUUAGUUCAGAAAAUAAACCCAGGUCAAAGCUUCUACAUGCUGACAUUAUAAAAGAUUGUAAACCAACCAGUCCAGGACCUCCAACAAAGUAUCUGCUGAUGACAGAGAAAGAGAUUCUGCAUGACAGUGAAGAGAUCAGGCGAUGGACUUUUGGUAAAAAGGACCCGAGCAAAAUGAACCGAACGAUAUUGAUGAUGGGAGAAACUGGAUCAGGAAAAUCAACCCUCAUCAAUGUUAUGAUGAACUACAUCCUUGGCGUAGAGUGGGAGGAUAAAUACAGAUUUGAAAUCAUUGCUGAUGAGAGUAAAAGUCAAACUAGUUCACAAACAACUGCCAUCACUGUGUAAGAGAUCUUUGGUCACGAAGGUGAUCACCUUCCAUUUUCUCUAACCAUCAUCGACACUCCAGGAUUUGGAGACACAAGCGGAAUAGAACAAGACAAACUCAUCACAAAAAAUCUACAGGAGCUGUUUCAAUCUCCAAAAGGAGUCCACCACAUUGAUGCUGUGUGCUUUGUUGUAAAAGCUGCACAAGUGCGCCUCACACCUACACAGCGGUACAUUUUUGAUUCUGUCCUCUCAAUUUUUGGAAAGGACAUAGAAAAUAACAUUUUGGUACUCAGUACUUUUGCAGACAUUGGGGAGCCUUUAGUCCUUCAAGCACUGAUAAUGGCAGAAGUUCCAUGUGUCAGAAAUGAAAGUGGUACACCUGUUUACUUCAAAUUCAACAAUGUGUUUGCUGGUUUGCAAAUGGAUGAAGAUGAUGAAGAACAUAAUGAUGAAGAGGAUGAAGAGGAGGAGGAUGAAAAUGAUGAUGUGUGUCAAUCACCUUGGAAAAUGAGCAUGAAUAACAUAGCCAUGUUUUUUGAAUCACUAAAUAAAAUGGAAGCGAAAAGCUUGGUGUUAACACGUCAAGUUUUAGAGAAACGCAAACAACUGGAAAUGGAAAUCCAGACAUUAACAAAGCAGCUACAAGUUGCAAUGCAGCGGGUAGAAGCACUGAGAAAGGUCAGAGACCAAUUAGAACAACAUGAAGAGGACAUGGAAGCCAACAGAAACUUCUCCAUUCUUUUAGAUGGAAGUGAAAAGGAGAAAUGUGCCGUAGACGAGAAGGCAACAAAUUGUAAUUCUUGCAGGGAAACUUGCCAUCACCCUUGCACAGAAUAUUUUGGGUGUACACGCAUGCAGCAAGACAGAUGCACCGUCUGCAUAAAGAAAUGCAGCUGGAAGGAUCAUUGUAAAGAGAAGUUCAUUUAUGUGUUUAAAACAGAAGAAGGUGAAUCAACUUACCUGGACCUAAAGAGAAAGUAUGAAGAAUUGGAAGGGCAAUCGCUGACUGCAAAGAUGUUCCUCAUCCUCCUUAUAAAAGAACUUCACCUGCAACUCAUUGCCAGCUUGAUCUUGUUUCUUAAUAUACUCAGCAUUGUUCAAAAGCUGGAUGAGAUCGCUCUGAGACCAAACCCAAUGAGUGCAGCCAAAUACCUUGAACUCCUGAUUGAAAAAGCGCAGAGGGAUCACAACCCCGAGAGAGUCAAGACACUGACAGAUAUGAAAGAGCAAGAAAAGCUGAAGAGUAACUUCGCCAAUCUGGAUGAUGAAUAAAGGUGUAUCCUGUCAAUAAUCACCACAGGAAGAGUUGAGAGUUAAGCCUACAUAAUGAAUAAUUAUUAAGACAUGAUUAUAGUGUGAAUUUCAAAUGAAAUGUACAAUUACAUUGGAUCCUCUGCUCAAUGUACAAUUGAUAUGAUUAUGUAUAUUUAAAAAAUAUAAAUUACUUUACAUUACUCUUGUAAGUUUUCUGUAAUGUGUGGGAGAUAUUUUUGUGAGAUAAUCCAUUGAUACUUUUAUUCUAUUGAAGUAAUAUUUGUUAUACAAGCAUGUAAUUUGAUGUCCAAUUCAAUGAUACUUAGAUUUUUGUAACAAUAGUUAUUUUCUGCUUUCAUUUGACAAUAUUCUGAAUAAAAUGCAAAUAUGAUGGUAAUUCAAAAAAAAUUGUAAACUACUACAAUUAUAUUUAUUGCAAAGUUUAACAUUUUAAAAAAUUACAAAUAAACAUUUGUAUUGUCUUGGUUAUGCCAGGGUCAUCAGUGAUAACAUUGAUUUUCAUGAUAGACUGACACACUAACACUCAACAUUAUAUUAUGACCUAUACAAUUUGGAAUGAGCAUGCAUCAAAAUCAAGUUCAUAAUGUAGAUUGAGUAUCUGUCGACACCUAAUGAAUGGCUAGAUCACUCUGUCACGCAAAAUAAAUAUUUGAAGUUAGUCAUGACGGAGGCUGGUGUCACUUUAAAUCAGUGGAUGGGUUAUUUGUGAUGGCCAUUCCAGCCAUUACAAUGAGCCGUCUUUCCUUCAAUUAACUGAAAAGUACAAAUAAAACUAUUGGUAAAAUAAAGCAUUAACACCCCUUGACAUUUACAAAUUUUAUUCUGUUACAAAGUGGGAUUAAAAUGUAUUUAAUUGUCAUUGUUUGUCA